GCCGCCGAGCGCGCCGGCGGCAGGAGGAGCCGGGCGCGCCUGCAACGCAAAACCACCAGGCUGGCAGGGCGGCUGGUGCGGUGAGCCAUCCCAGGUGGCGGCAGCAACAGCGGCGGUGACAGCGGCGACUGCAGAGACCAGCGCUCACCUCUCCCCUAUACACCCGCAUCUCACCAGCCGCCGAGCAGCCAGCGGUCCCCGGGUCGCCUAGCCCACACGCGCACGGCCGAAUUCCGCGCACAAUAGCGGCGACCGCCAUGGGGAAACCCGCGAGGAAGGGAUGCGAGUGGAAGCGCUUCCUGAAGAAUAACUGGCUGCUGCUGUCCACCGUGGCCGCGGUGGUGCUAGGCAUUACCACAGGAGUCUUGGUUCGAGAACACAGCAAUCUCUCAAACCUGGAGAAAUUCUACUUUGCUUUUCCUGGAGAAAUUCUAAUGCGGAUGCUGAAACUCAUCAUUUUGCCGUUAAUUAUAUCCAGCAUGAUUACAGGUGUUGCUGCACUGGAUUCCAAUGUAUCUGGAAAAAUUGGUCUACGUGCUGUCGUGUAUUAUUUCUGUACCACUGUCAUUGCUGUAGUUCUAGGUAUUGUGCUGGUGGUAAGCAUCAAGCCUGGUGUCACCCAGAAGGUGACUGAAAUCGAGAGGACAGGCAGCACCCCUGAAGUCAGUACAGUAGAUGCCAUGUUAGACCUCAUCAGGAAUAUGUUCCCUGAGAAUCUUGUCCAGGCCUGUUUUCAGCAGUACAAAACUAAGCGUGAAGAAGUGAAGCCUCCCAGCGACCCAGAGACGAACAUGACAGAACAGUCCUUCACAGCCGUCAUGACAACUGCUAUUUCCAAGAACAAGACAAAGGAAUAUAAAAUCGUUGGCAUGUAUUCAGAUGGCAUAAAUGUCCUGGGCUUGAUUGUCUUUUGCCUUGUCUUUGGACUUGUCAUUGGAAAAAUGGGAGAAAAGGGACAGAUUCUGGUGGAUUUCUUCAAUGCUUUGAGUGAUGCAACCAUGAAAAUCGUUCAGAUCAUCAUGUGUUACAUGCCGCUAGGUAUUUUGUUCCUGAUUGCCGGGAAGAUCAUAGAAGUUGAAGACUGGGAAAUAUUCCGCCAGCUGGGCCUCUACAUGGCUACAGUCCUGACUGGGCUUGCAAUCCACUCCAUCGUAAUUCUCCCACUGAUAUAUUUCAUAGUUGUACGAAAGAACCCUUUCCGAUUUGCCGUGGGAAUGGCCCAGGCUCUCCUGACAGCUCUCAUGAUCUCUUCCAGCUCGGCAACACUGCCUGUCACCUUCCGCUGUGCUGAAGAAAAGAACCAAGUGGAUAAGAGGAUCACUCGAUUCGUGUUACCCGUUGGUGCUACAAUCAACAUGGAUGGGACGGCGCUCUAUGAAGCAGUGGCAGCGGUGUUUAUUGCACAGUUGAAUGAUCUGGACUUGGGCAUUGGGCAGAUCAUCACCAUCAGUAUCACAGCCACGGCUGCCAGCAUCGGGGCUGCCGGCGUGCCCCAGGCCGGCCUGGUGACCAUGGUGAUUGUGCUGAGUGCCGUGGGCCUGCCUGCCGAGGAUGUCACCCUGAUCAUCGCUGUCGACUGGCUCCUGGACCGGUUCAGAACCAUGGUCAAUGUCCUUGGUGAUGCUUUCGGGACAGGCAUCGUGGAAAAGCUCUCCAAGAAGGAGCUGGAGCAGAUGGAUGUUUCAUCUGAAGUCAACAUCGUGAACCCCUUUGCCUUGGAAUCCACAAUCCUUGAUAAUGAUGACUCAAACACCAAGAAGUCCUAUGUCAAUGGAGGCUUUGCAGUAGACAAGUCUGAUACCAUCUCAUUCACCCAGACCUCACAGUUCUAGGGCCCCUGGCUGCAGAUGACUGGAAACAAGGAAGGACAUCUCCAUGAGAGUCAUCUCAAACACUGGUUAAGGAAAAGAGAAACACUAAUGGCUAAGUGUACAUUUGAUUUGAUAUACAGACCUCCAGAUUAUUUUCUAUAUUUGGAUUCAGCCUUUGCUCUCCAAGUUUUGGGAUUUGGGGGUGGGGUAAGAUGAAGGAAAAUUGAUUAAAAGGAAAGUUCUAUUAUCUGGGUUUUAGAAAUUCUAUAAGAGACAAAGUUUGGGAGUAUAUAAAGUAGUAACUGUUAGACUUAGGUAAUGGAUAUGAAAGAGAAAGUGCUUUCUCAUGCACAGACAACUGUUUUGGGUUUUUAAAAAAAAUUCUGUCAUCGGUUACAAAUUUUUACUCAGGCUUUCUAUUGGCAUGGAUUUCCUUUGACCUCUCACUUUUUUAUAAAUUACAAUGCAUCUAAACCACUUCUCCCCAGUUAAUGUGCCAAAAUGUCCAUUUUCAACUUAUCUCCAGCCAAUUUCAAAGAAAACAGACCAGCACAGUUCUGCAAUAAUAGUUUUAAGACAGGCAUGGGGUUUGGAGGGAGAGGAUUCUUUUCUCAAUGUACUGUAUUGGGAUACUGGUAACUGUUAAUCCAGUGUUCAGCAUAGAUAUAUAUAUAUACACAUAUAUAUACACAUAUAAUAUCUGU